UUCCCAUAUCGCAGCAACAAUUGAUUUGUUUGUCGUAUUCAAAAAAAUUAUUUGCGUUUGUUAGAGUUGUUCAAAGCAAUUUUGACUUUUGUUUACACACAUAUCUUUGGAGCUUUAUAAUUGUAUAAAAUCAAGAUGGAUUCAAAAUUAAUAAAUAUUUUGUUUAUGAGCUUGGCGUUUUUCACAAUUUUCUUUGCAUUUCAAACAACUGCCAGCCUUCAGAAAAAAAUUCUACGCACAGAGCAUCAAAAAGAGCAUAGUUUCGAAAACAGCGCUUUUACCAGUCUGGGCAUAUAUUAUUUCGUUUUUGCGGCUACUUGUUGGUUCGUACCACCCCUCGUUGCAGUAGUUGGUCCACGAUGGUCACUGGUUAUUGGAACCGUAACCUAUUUACUAUUUAUCGUGCAUUUCUACCACCCCUUCGAAUGGCUGCUGUAUUCGUUAAAUAUAACUCUUGGUGUUGGUUCUGCAAUUAUAUAUAUUGCACAGGGUAAUUAUAUUGCAAGAAAUAGUGAGGAUAGCAGCGUUACGAGGAAUUCGGGAAUAUUCCUUUCGUUCCAACAAGCGAGCUACAUGAUAUCGGCUAUCUUGUUGUAUUUCAAGUAUGCCAAUGUUGAAGAGAUUGAAGAUAUGGACCGUUAUAUAAUUAUGUCAGUAUUAACAUUUAUUUGCAUAAUUGGUCUGGUAAUGUUGUUCUUUUUGCGCUUGCCGCAAAGCAACCAAUCCAUAGACAAGGAAACACAUAACAGUUGUUCCGCUGCAUUCGUUACCAUUCGGGAUAACAUUAUGCUUCUUCUCGAAAGAGAUAUGUUACUACUGGUAGUUCUCUUCGUUUACACAGGAUUAGUACAAGCGUUCUAUAACGGAGUUUAUGGCCCUGCCAUGUCGUUCACACAAAGUUUAAAUAUGCAACCGGAUGAAUUAUCCUUUACUGGUUACAUAUUGAAAGGUUGUGGAGGAUUUUUGGGAUCACUGUUCUUUGCUAUUCUGGGCGAUAUGACCAUUCGUUGGGGUCGUGAUGUAUUUAUGUAUUUAGCAGGUGUAUUCCAUUUAAUUACAUUCAUAAUCAUCUUUCUCAAUAUCCCCAAUGAAUCGUCCUUUGGCGAAAACCAAGCUGUAUCCAUCAUUGACCCUCCCAAUUUUUAUUUGGCAAUAACUUGCAGUUUUCUCUAUGGUUUGGGAGCAGCGUUUUAUACCGUUCAUAUUUACAGUAUGUUGGCUGGUGCUUUUGUUGCCGAAUCGACCGCCGGAUUCGGAAUUUAUAAAUUUUUUCAGUGUCUUGGGUGUGCACUGGCAUAUCUAUAUUCGAAAUAUGCCAGUUUAUAUAUCCAAAUGGGUGUACUAAUCCUGCUCCUGAUAGCGGCAGUUGCCUGUUUCGCAAUUGUUGAAAGAUCAGUCAGAGCUAAGCAACAGGCUGAUCAGUCGUAAACUAAUUAUGAAAAAAAAUACAACAUGUUUCGUACUUGAAAGCAAUAAAUUAAAUAUAUUUGUUGUUUUGAAAUAAUAAUAUAUGUAUGUAGAUGUACAAGUAUAAACUUUGUGUUGAUCCAUAAACCAAUACCUCUUCAAGUCCUCCACUAUGAAUCACUAAUAGCUGUAUUCAUAAUGAAAAGGUUAACAUUUAGGCAACAUAAGAACACAGAAGUUAGUAUACUAAGAUUCAACCAUAAAAAAAAAUUCAAAUUGUUCAAAAAUAUGAAGAGAAAUAUUCAUCUGAUAUUGGUAUAUGGUUGUGGUUGCAUUGGCAACGGAAGUUACUUAAAGCCAAGGCGUAAGUGGAAACAUUCCGGUGACUUAUACCGGUUCGUAUCCAAAUAAAAUCUCACGUGAACAUUCUUGGUCAAUCUUAAAUUUGAAUAAAACUUAACAAAUAGCA